AUGGCUUUACGAACUGUGAUAUCAUCUAAAAUACCCAUGGUAGUGAUAUUAGGUGCGACGGGAACUGGCAAAACAAAGCUAAGCCUCGAAUUAGCUCAAAAGUUUGAAACAGAAAUUAUCAGUGCAGACUCCAUGCAGAUAUACAAAGGACUAGAUAUAGUGACGGCGAAAGCGUCUCCACAAGAGAGGCAGCUGAUCCCACACCACCUCCUGGAUAUACUGGAACCACACCAGAACUUCACUGUGGUGGACUUCAGGAAUCGAGCGCUGAAGAUUAUUGAAAACUUAACAGAUCAGGGAAAGAUUCCCAUAAUUGUAGGUGGAACAAAUUACUAUAUAGAAUCGAUUGUCUACAAAAUUUUAGUAGAAGAUAUGGAUGACACAAGUGCUUUGCUCUGGGAUAAGAGUAGGAGAAAAAGAGAUAUAGAUGACGAUAUAAUUGUGGAAAAAACGAAGAAACAGGCAUUAGGCAAGAAAUCAAAUGAUAGUCAAGAUGAAAGCGCUGAAGCUUCAGGAUCAGGUGAAAAGAAAGAAAUUGAUACGAGCAAAGAAAAGAUAAAAGAAGACGUAGACAACGAAAAGAAUUUCACUAAUGAAGAAAUCCAUGCCAGACUUAAGGCUAUAGAUCCAAAAAUGGCGGCGCGAUUACAUCCUAACAACAGGCGAAAAGUACUAAGGUAA